CUCGAAAAUUUCCUACAUUUACUCUUCUCACCAUUGUUCUCAGUCAAAUGUGCCCCUCUCCUUCCGCAAUGUUGAGCCACGCGUAUUUUGGGGCACUGGGACGACUGUAAUACCCAAAUCAACAUUGGGGAAGGGAAAACGACACACAGGUGUUUCAGGAUUUUUGACAAGUAUUGUAGUUCACAGUCACGGACUUAUUAUCUACGCUCUUGAAAUGACAAGAAUAGACGAACAACCGCUAAGGGUGGUCAACUUAUCAAAACGAGUAAUCACGGUCGAGUUUGUUUAUUACCUCCGAAUGACAAAAAAGGUUUUUACUUGUAAAAGUUCAGAGGUGUCUCAUUUUCCACUUGACUCUUUAAAUCUUCUGUCACUGUUUUGAUCCAGGUAAAAUGGCAAAAAGAUGACCUUGAUAACAACAUGAAUUUCUUCUCGGUGUCCUCUGAUGGCAGAAUAACCCAAUGGACGAUCGUGAAGGUAAAUAAAUGUACGCUUUGAAUUCUGAGGUUCAACCAAGCAUGACUUUCCACAGUAGCCCAGUUGGCGUUGAUUGCCACGUGGGCAUUAUUUUUGCCGCCAGUUGCACGCGUACAGCUGUUUCAGUUUACGUUCUAUGUUAAAGAUAUUGCCGUAAGAUUUAAUGAAACGUAUUCUCAAAUGGAAUAGAAAGUGUAAAAAUGAUUCUCGGCCUCGAUUUGUUUCUCUUCGUUUAAUAUAAAGCUCGAUAAUUACCGACGUUUUGAGCUGAUAGUCUGAGAAAAUUUGCAGUUUGCGUAAAAGGCGCACAAAGGAAACAUUUCCCAAUAACUUUGAGUCGCUUCUUUUUCUUUAGAGUGAGUUAAGAUAUACAGAUAUCAUUACCUUGAAGCAGGGGAAUGCCACUGAAGAAGGGGAAAAUACACAACUUCCAAGCCUAGGUAUUUUAUCCGCUGAGUUGUUACUUUAGGUGAAUUUAGCUGCCGUAAUGUUUGUUACGAAAUCAUUGCCGCAGCUCGUUGGUUCAUUGAUGACAAAAGCUGAAAUCCCUUUUUAUUCCUUACCGAGGCUACUUGAAUUCGGUUACAUGUUCUUUGAUUUUUGGGUGUGGGGGCAAGGCAAAGGGCCAAGGGACAAUUUUUUGGCCUUCUUUGGGGGUGGGUGUGAGGAAACCCCUCUCACCAGGCGACUCCCCCUAUUUUUGUCCUCGUAUUAUCUUGUCUCGCUGCUUUCUGCUAGCCUGAUCUUUCUAGCCACGUUAAAAAUCGCAAAGAAAUUUUCAUGCACAUCUUUAUUGUCAAAACAGGAACACACUUUUAAAAGAUGCUCAGUCGCCUCAACCAAAUUGGAAAUCCUUCGGAUUACGUCACUUUAAUUAAAAUUCUGCAUGACAAACUAAGAAGUAAACUUGUUUGUAUUUACAGGAUGUGGCACUGCAUUUGAUUUUCAUAAAACAAUGGACUAUAUGUUUCUGGUCGGUAAGUUGAUACCUUUUUCAUACAGACCUGUCUUAGUAUUACUAACUGUCGUUUCUAAUUUUUAGUUCGGUGUCAACAUUUUUACCAUUUUGGGGAUCAUGGGUGGCGCACUCUCCUCCCACCAGUUUGGCCCGGGCUUCAAAUCCCAGUAUCAACGCCAUAUGUGGGUUGAGUUUGUUGUUGGUUCUCUCCCUUGCUCCAAGAGAGGUUUUUCUCCGGGUACUCCUCAAAAACCAACAUUUCCAAAUUCCAAUUCGACCAGCAAUCAGGUAGAAGAAGUACCACAGAGUGGAUGUGCUACCUCCAAAUCGUUAUUUAUUUUAUUCAUUCAUUCGUUCGUUCGUUCGUUCGUUCGUUUAUUAGAUCUCUCCUUGUCUACUCGUUCACCUUAUUGUCCUUUCUUUUUCUUUCAUUACCAGGCACAGAAGAAGGAAAGAUUCACAAAUGUUCAAAAACGUAUUCAAGCCAGUUUCUCGAAACUUACGAUGUAAGUGUCAUUGCUUACUGCUUUGUAGUAAUGUCCAGACUCUUCAACUGUAAUCUCUGGUGUUUAUUUACACUUGUUUUCUUGCCCAAUCUUGUUUGCUGUUCCAAGAGUUCCACACGGCCUAUAGGCUUGGUCUCCAGCCGAGGCUGUCUCGCUGUGACCGUGGUUCUCCCCACCUGAUGUAUGGAGAGUCACACUAGUGGGAUCGAUCAUUUUUUUUAACGGGCUGCCCGCGAGAGCAACGCUCAAUCAAGAAAUGAGCCGCGUCUAUGUCAUAAAAGACAAAAUGGCGGACGGAGCUCUCAGAAGGCUUUGCGUGUCCUAUACCCGCUUCAAUGGGACCGAUUUUUGCGGAAAGGUGACGAGUCAUUUCUGGUCUUCUGGCGGACAGUUGAAACGAGCACAAACUUAUUGCGUGGAGUUACUGGCCUUAUAUCUACGCGGAAAGAUUAUCCAAAUACAGUACUCGAUGAUGUACUUAGCCUGCGCGGGAGCUGCACUUACACGGUCCCCCCCCCCCCCCCACCCCCCACCAACCGACGGGAAAAGCUUCAAUUUGUUGCAGCUGAGGGUUUGGACAACAAAGGAGCUAACACAUACUUUAGUUUAUAUCUGUUUUUCCUUUCCUUGCAGGCACAUCAUAUGGCGGUUUACUCAGUCAAGUGGAAUCACUUUCAUCCUAAAAUCUUCAUUUCAUGUAGUGCUGAUUGGACUGUGAAAAUCUGGGAUCACAAUUACCUGUACGUGUUUAUACAUGUCUGAAAGUGUAGCCAGAAUCUUUCUAUAUAUUGAAUGUCAAAACCUUGUCACUAAAGAGUCAGAGCAAAGAGUUUACUGAGCAAACAAACAGUUGCGUUGUAUUGCACAGUUUAGGCCUAAAUUUUAAUUGUUUGAAAAAAAUUUUCUGUCGUAUCAUGUCACUAUACGAACGAAAUUUCUUCAUAGGUCACGUUCCUAAAACAGUUCGUUUAAUGAUUACCUGAAGUUUGAGAGAGUUUGUUUAUUGAUUAUUGAAUUCGCCAUGGUAACAGGAGAUGAAGGAGGACCUGUGUCCAAGUUGAUAUCCUCGUCUCUAUUGCUACGUCCCUUUCUCUUUCGAACGGCAUUGAGAGUCACGUUAUUCAGUGAAAGCGUAAACUUUCUCAAAGCCCGUUUCCGGUUUCUGCUGCUCUCGAUAUCAACUUGAGGCAAGUCUAGUGAAAGUGCUCUGAGACGGCGCCUGAAGUUUUUCGUACUUAUCCGAGGAGACUAGAUUGUCUAACGUCAGGGUAAAGGCAACUCAUUCUCCGCAAUGAGAUCCCGAGAGUUGGUCCCGCCUGCGGGGGCCGGAUUGUAGCGUAAGAUUGUGGUACCAACUCUUGCCCGUACCAAUCCAGUUGACUGUGUUUUGUACUCUUAGCCGAAGGUAAAUGAUGGAGCUCACGUUAUUAAUUUCAAACUCGUGGUUUUUAUUUUCUAGUGAGCCCAUGUUUACGUUUGACCUGAACAACUCUGUUGGUGAUGUGGCCUGGGCACCUUACGCCAGCACGGUGUUUGCAGCCUGCACUACUGAUGGCCGGGUAAGCGGCAUCCAUAUUUCAUUUUCAUUUCGCUUAAUUUAAUCCAUUUCCAUUUGUACAGGUAAGUGAAGUUUAUAAAAGAAGUAGAUAUGUAGGUGGAAGGGACUGGAAACUCGCUAGUCCACCCGUUAAAGUUCUUACAGAAUCAUAUACAUAAAAUUAAGUUCAAAUGACAAAAGGCCCCUGUGUGAUGGUGUUAUUUUACCACUACUACCUGAAUCCACUUCGUGUUUCUUUUCAAAUUUUAUAAUCCCAGCGAGGUUCAAAUAACAAAAGCCCUUAUUUGUGCAAAAAAAGAAGAUCUCUGGAGGAUUCUGGUAGUAGUAGUCAAAACUCAAAAGACGACAUCGUGCAAAUCGCCUAUUAGAACAGCUUUUUUUCACAAAACUAGCUCCGAUCUAAUACCUAGGCUUCACAUCGAAUCCCUCUUUCUUACAGAACUCGUUUUAGCGUUUUGACUUUAAACUUGACAGGCUAAAGUUGUUGUUUGAAAAUUAUUUCCUCGGAAAAGGUCUGGCUCUUGCUUUGCUUGUAAGAUUUCAUUCUUCUAGAACAAAAUGGUUCGUAGCAUUAAUGAUGCACAGUAGAGUUGAGCAGUACAAAACAUAGUAGUGACCUUAAGCGAACGAUUGUCUUCAUGAUAUGUCAAUAGAGACAAAUACAAACAACACUUGCACUCACCCAGUUAAAAAGCAGUGGUUGUGUUGAUACAUGAGUAUAAGUUUUAUCCAGAGUUUGAUGCAACCCUUUUACUCCCGGAAGGGACUUAACUUAAACUCAAUGGGAAAAAAUGCAGAUAUAGUGCUUAAGUUACUGGAAAGUAAAUUCUUCCAUUCUGAGGCACUGUUGAUAAGGUUUCAUCUAAAUAUUCACAUCAAAGGAUUUCGAUAGACUCAAAUGUUAGACUGACUAGCCAAAUACAAACCAUAGCAUUAUCUUAAUUUAGUGGAACACUCAGGUUUAAACACAUUUUUCUCUUGUGCAGGUUUAUGUGUAUGAUCUGAAUGUCAACAAGUACGAACCAUUGUGCGAACAGUCAGGUAAGAACGUGGGUUUAGUGUCUUAUCGCCCCAGAUAAGGCAAUCCGGAUUCCGGAAUCAAGGAAAAUCAGGAAUCCAGGCCCUUGGAAUCCGGAUUCAGCUCAAGGAACCCGAAAUCCUGCUUAAGAUUGGAAUCUGAAGGAAUCCAAGCUCCACUGACAAGCAAUCUGGAAUCCUGGAUAUUAUUAACUUUACGGAUCAACUUAAGUUUCUGGGAAACUGCCCACCUACCCCUCCCCUAAGCCAACAUUUUGCUCUAAGUGAGAAGUAAGUGUUAAUGUUGACUUUGGGGAGGGGUAGGUGGGCAGUUUCCCCAAAACCUAAAUUGAUCCAACUUUACUUGGGGCUAGUCCUAAAAAUUGGCUUCUAUUUAUUGUAAUAGACCAUUGUAAAUGGUGAUUUCAAUUACUUCUAACUAGCCAGGCUGGGCGUCCCUCCUUAUAGCGUAGUUAAUAGAGUGGAAUGGUUAAAAAGCUCGUCAGACUCCUUUUAAAUGUUUUUUUGGAACCUAACAGGACCGCCUGAUCGCAGGUUGGACGGUGCUCAACGUUCAAUACCGUUCCUAUCAUUUUCUAACUUAUUGACCAAUAAAAGUGUCGCAUUAAUUUAUUCAGUCACAGUUUGUGGACAAACAUCAAAGGAUUGUGCUCCGUCAGGGAGCUUCCAACAAAACGCUGCAGCACCGUUGUUUUUAUCUUUGAUGUUUGCCGCCCUUCAUGACAUGCUCAUAGUUUACGCGUACAGUUAUAUUAACUGUGAUGUAACUUGCCGCUGGCUUGUUGUUGUUCAACAGAGAGUUGCUGCUCAGUGAAUAUAUUGUGGUUCAGUUUUAUCUUCGAUUAUAUUUAAUUGUGUUUACUUCUAAUCUAAUCUUUUGGAAGUAGCUAAUUUGUAUAACUUGAUUUAUCAACAGUGGCUAACAAGAAAAGAACAAAGCUUACUCAUCUCGCUUUUAACCCUGAAUACCCAGUACUUAUUGUGGGAGACGACAGGUAAUUUUGUUUCUGGGGAUAUUGUUUGUGAACCAAACGUGUAAAUUUGAGAUUGCUCUUUAUUCUACUGUAUAAACUAAUACAUCUUGCAAACAAACCGAUUUUUAAUUGUGAGUAUGUUAUUCUGUCAACUCUCUGUAAUACGGAAACUUUUGGGAUCGGCAAUAAGUGUCCGUCUUAGAGUAAUGUCCGUCUUAUAGAGAGUCAAACAAAGGGAGUAAAGAAAAGCCAGCCCAUGUAGUUUUUGCUCGUGGAAUGCGGAAUUCUAGCCUUUGGAAUCCAGAAUCCAAGCUCCACUCACAAAACAAUCGGGACCCAGUACCUGGAAUCCGGAAUCCACGAGGUGGAAUCCAGAAUCCAGAAUCCGAGACUGUCUUUACAUGGGGCGAAAAAAGGCAGCUGGGACCAACUCAAGGUGUCCCUUGUUACCUAGCUGUCUGUCUCAUAGAGGUGUCCAUUAAGAGAGAGUCGACAGUAUAUGGAGGUGCAUAAUUAUACAACGAAGAAAACACAUUUUCUUUUGUAUCUUAAUCUAACUUUGUUAUUAUCUUAUUCGUUGUUAAAUAUUUAAGCAGUAGACCACACUUCUAUGGGUUUACCGGCGUGAUAACCCACGCGGGAUGUUGGGAGAACACGAGAAAAGCUUGUAAAUCACGAGCCGAAGGCGAGUGAUUUACAAGCUUUGCGAGUCACAAUAAACCAUAGGUUUUUAACCAAUCAGACCGGGCGUACUAUCUUAGUUAUUUAUAAAUAAUAAUAUAAUAACUCUUCUUGUUCUGCAGGGGGCACGCGACAUCUUUGAAGUUAUCACCGAAUCUAAGGAAAGCGACACAGCCCAAGGUAUGCCUUUGUUGCAAAUAGAUUCGAAUAAUAGUGUUCCCUUUUAGUGUCCGUAUAUUCAAGUUCAAGUUUCGUUCAGUAUUAAAGAGGAGCAUUUACAAAUUAAUAAUUUAUAUCACGAAAAUAUUGUGAUUAAGAAUACCAACUGACAGGAGGCAAACUGUGUGAAUAAGUAUCAGCAUGGCCAAGGAGUUUAACUUAGGACUUCCAGAACAAGUCAAGCUAGAGUUUGGGUUGGCACUCAAACCGGGACCUCUGGAUUACUCGUGGGACGCGCCGUCUACUCGGCUCAGCCUUGUUGCUUCCUAACACAAUACACAAUAAAACUUGACUCAUCUUGUCCUCAUGCCCUAACGCAUGCUUAAUAUUACCCAGUGGAAGAUACUUGAAUUAUUUGUUUUUUGUCUACUUUAAUGCUAUGCAUGUAAUCAUACUAAUGUCUUCAAUCACUCACUCAUGUUCUUGAUCCUUCAUUCUCACUUUAAGGAGGAGAUUCCUCUUCUUGUUCUCUCACAAGCUGCUGACUCUGAUGAAGAACCCUGUUCACCGCCUCCCAUACUCUUCUCUCCUGUAUGGAACUUCUUUGGUGGUUUAUGGUCAAAUCGCCCGAAAGUCAUCUGGCCGUAAGUCACGUCGCCCGAAGUCAUUUCGGGCGACAUGACUAUAAAUUUUGGCGACCCAACUCUGGUUUCGGGCGACAUGACUUCGGGCGCGAUGACUUUCGGGCUCCUUGACCGGUUACCUCUGUGGUCAUAGUAAACUUGAUCUCUAUCAACUUUUCUGCCUAUUGCUCUAAUAGAUUCUUUAAUGGCCUUUAAAAAAUACUCUCUAAUACUGCGUAACGGCUUUACGUUUUCAGUCUAAGCUAACAGAAAUGAAUCCUAAAAGUUAUGGGCUUCACACCAAUAAUGCUUCGGAUCAUACUCUUGAUACAUCAUACUUAUUUGUUCCUACUUUACCUGAGUGCGAUUUAGUACUGGAACAGCUUACAGCUCCUUAUUAUUGGGCUGCCCGUGAGGGCAGUGCCCAUUCAAGCAAUGCCUUCCAUGUAUGUCGAAAAAAGACAAAAUAGCGGACGGAACUCCUUGCGUGUCCCACUCCCCCUUCAAUAGGGCCGAUUUUUGUGGGGAGGGGACGGGUCAUUUCGAAAAUAAUCCCAAUCGUCUCUUCUUCCAAAAGGCUAACUUCCCCAUACAGCCCCGGUUAAAAACGCGCAGUCGGCAGACCAAUAAACCCCCCAUUAUGGGGUUCUUGUUUUAACAAAGACGAACUCUUCUUUUAAUCCCGUACACUUUUUAAGUUAACGUUUAACUUAACUUUUUCAAGCGCGAAACUGCGUUAUUUUAUGUCGCCUUGUUUCUCACUGGCAUUUUAUUUCAUGUUUCCUUUCUUCGUCAUUUACACUGAAUAACAGUAUUGUUAACCUAACCAUUUUUUUGUUUCCCGAAAGCAAUCUUUUUCAACCAAUCAUGCAUGGUUAGCUGUUGAGGUCAAGUAUUUCAUUUGCUUCCAACCGAUAUUCCAGUGUAGCAAUGUUUCAUAUCACACCCACCUCUCUUUAGCAUCAUUUUUGUUUAGCCCGUCUUCAGCCCACUGUUUUGAUUUCUAGAAAUUCUUCGGCAAGACAUGAAACAAUAGUGCGCGAUACGCGGGACUGAUGUGUAACGUUUUUCUCUGUUUCAGGAAAAAGCUAAAGGACCCGAAAACGAAAUGGCGAAGAUGGAGAAGCUUUUAAGUCUUGUUAGGGAACCUUCGGCCAAGAACUGAAUGACUGUUGUUGCAUCCGCUUCAAAAAAAGAUGAUAAAACAAAAAUAUCUUAUGCACGCGUAUCGAGAAAUACUCACGAUGUAUAAAGUUAUUCCACACGUUGUAUAAAUCUGUUUGUUUAGGAUUUGUCUUGUUCUCGCACACGACUACACGAAGCCAAAAAUGGAUUGUUCUUAGCAGGUAGAAACAAAUGACUUCAAUAAUUGCUCUGUCGGCUUUAUUUUUGCAUUCUCUUAGUUUGUGCCGCAAAAAUAGCUUCCACAUCUCUUGUGUACAUAUUUUAAUGGUGUAGCCAUUCGAAGAGAACUUGCGAGAUGAAUUAAUGGUAUUUUAUCAUGUGUAGUGUUGAAUUGGUGUGUACAUGUAUUAUUAAAUAUUAAAACAGUUUUUUUACUCCCAUUUUACAUGUUUUUAAUUUUUUCCUCUUCAGUGGC